GAAUAGAUUAUUCCCAGAACCUGUCCCCCCGUGGUGGUGGUCUUUAUAAAUAACUAAAUAAGACGGGGAGAAAUAGACUUUCAGCGUUGGUCAAUACAUCAAAUUCCAGCAGCCAAGAACACAAAAGGACUCCAUAUUCCAACACAAUCUCAGCCAGCAACUUUUACUCUUCCAUGUCGAUUAAUGGUAUUCAAGGCCAGCUUCUUGAGGCCACUGUUGUUGGGUGCAACAAGUUGAAGGACACCGAGUGGAUCUCACGGCAGGAUCCGUACGUGUGCCUCGAAUACGCUAGCACCAAGUUCCGCACCAGGACUUGCACUGAUGGUGAUAGGAAUCCGACAUUCCAGGAGAAGUUCGUGUUUACGUUAUUUGAAGGUCUUAGGGAGCUAAAUGUCACCGUUUGGAACAGCAAUACCCUUGCAUCCGACGUCUUCAUCGGCAGUGGAAAGGUUCAAUUGCAGAAGGUGCUUUCUCAGGGUUACGACGACACCGCCUGGACGCUGCAGACUAAAACUGGCAGAUAUGCAGGAGAAGUGCGAUUAAUAUUACAUUACUCUAAUGCCCUAAAACCGGCAAAAAGCUAUGCUCCGUCGGCACCGCCUUAUGGAACGCAGCCCAUGCCCCAAGUCCCUUUGUAUUAUAACUCCACACCUACAACUGCUGCUCCUUACCCAACACCAGCACCUGCAGCUCCUUACGCACCUCCAGCCUACCCAGCUCCAUCUCCCUACUCUUCGUAUGCACCUAAUUUAUCAGGGUAUCCACCAUCUCCAUACUCUGCCCCACCUCCAGCUGCCUAUCCCCCCCACCCUUACCCACCAACAUCAGCUUAUCCUCCACCUCCAUAUCCACCACCGCCACAAACCUCAUCCUACUAUCCUCCAGGCCCAUUUCCCGGAUUGUAUCCUCCACCACCAUACUGAAAGGGCAUCUGAAGCUUGUGAUUACGGAAAUGAAAGAAGUAGACAUUUAAAGUUGAAUUCUAGGUGUGGUUGUGUAUAUUUUUGGAUGUCACUACAGAAAAGAAAAAAAAGUGUGAAUUCUUUCUGUAGAGAAUUUAAAAUUUCAUUUGGUACUUGUCAAUUAGAAGGUUUGGUAACAGGUUUUGAUGGUUUUCCUUUUAAUGUAGAAUCGUAUAUAGAUAUUUUUUCCUAGUGUUUUGACUCUCUCUCUCUCCUCCUUCUCUUACCUUUCGUCGGUGAUGCACAUGAUGUCUUGUGCUGAUGUUUAUGUUAGAGUGUAUGAAGACAAUUGUAGAUUUUAGUUCACUAGAGGCAGAGACAGUUGGAAUCAAAAUGUAGUUGCCUCCUUGACCAAAAUUAUUUGCACUUGAUGGUAUUGGCCUAUUGCGUAACUUUUGAAUAAAAGGUAAUAUGUGAGUUUUAUGAUUGA